CAUUUUUGGAGCAAAUCUGUAAGGUCUGACGGCAUCAUAUAGCGGUCGUUGACGGCUAAGAGAGACAUAACAUAAUCUCUCUUUUUCUUUUUCUUUGCCUUUCCAAACAUUCAUUCGUUGUUUUCUCUGCAAAAUCCUCACAGUGAUCCACCAUGACCAAUUGAUCUGUGUCUCCGAUUUUAGGAUUCCGGCGACGGCGAGCCAUGGCCACCGGUGGCGACGGUGACACCUCCAAACAAGAGCUCUUCCACCUCAUCAAACGCUUCGGAGCUUACAUCACUUUCAAGAUCUCCAAUCUCUUUUCUCUCUCUCUCCACAACCUCGAUUCACGCUCUAUUGGGGCGGUUGCUGGUCUUGCUGUUGCAAUUGUUUUCACCUGGAGGCUGUUGAGAUCUCCUUCUGGCUCUCAAAGGAGGCAACACAAACGGCAAGGUGCUUCAUCUAGUAAUCCUGGAGUCACCACUCAUUCGAAUGCAGCGGUGGUUCCUUCGGAUGCUUGUUCACCCUCAGAUGAUUCAAGGGCCCAAAAUGUUGUCGAUGAGUUCUUUCAGCCAGUCAAGCCAACCUUGGGGCAGAUAGUUAGGCAGAAGUUGAGUGAAGGAAGAAAGGUAACUUGUCGACUUCUUGGAGUGAUCCUUGAGGAAAGUAUUCCAGAGGAGCUGCAGCAACAAGCUACUGUGAGGUCCUCUGUGCUAGAAGUACUACUGGAAAUAACAAAAUUUUGUGAUUUAUAUCUCAUGGAACGAGUUCUGGAUGAUGAAAGUGAGAAAAGAGUUCUUCUAGCGUUGGAAGAAGCAGGAGUAUUCACUUCAGGUGGUUUGGUCAAGGACAAGGUUCUGUUCUGCAGCACAGAGAAUGGACGGUCAUCAUUUGUUCGGCAAUUGGAACCUGAUUGGCAUAUUGAUUCAAAUCCUGAAAUUGUCACUCAGCUAGCUAGGUUUAUCAAAUAUCAGCUUCAUGUAUCUCCUUAUAAAACCGAAAGAACUGCGGCAAAUGUGUUCAGUGCUCCAUCUCUGGAACAGUUCUUUGGAUCCAUAUGAAACUAAAAUCACUACAGAUCAGAUGUCAUCAUAAAAGUCUCCUAGUUUGUUUCUAUGUGCAUCUUGGUUUUCACAUUCAUCACAAGUUUUUUUCCCAGCUUUUCUAGAUGUAUGAGAACAAGGUUAGAGUUUCCUUAAAGAUUUAAGGUUCUCAUUCUAGGUAGGUGAAAGACCUUAUAUGUAUGUGUAUGAUUCUCUGAGGAAGAAGUUUUACUAUUUUCUUUUUUCUUCUUUGAUCUGAAAUUUGUGCAAAUUACAUUGUAUCCAUCCAGACAUUUUAAACUGGCAAGGUGACAAUUUUUAUUGGAUGUUUGGAUUUGAUCAUGUUGCAUUACAAUAUGUCAUCAUGAAUAAUAUUAGUGAUCAACCUCCAAAUGUCACGUGGCUAUGAAAGGAGUUUAUUGA